AUGGAUAAGAAGAAGGUCGCAGUUCCACUUGUGUGCCAUGGCCAUUCGAGACCUGUUGUUGAUUUGUUCUACAGUCCUAUUACCCCUGAUGGUUUCUUCCUCAUCAGCGCCAGUAAAGAUUCGCAUCCAAUGUUGAGAAAUGGGGAGACUGGAGACUGGAUUGGUACAUUUGAAGGUCACAAAGGUGCAGUGUGGAGUUCUUGCCUGGACAACAAUGCGUUACGUGCUGCUUCUGCAUCAGCUGACUUUUCAGCGAAACUUUGGGAUGCGUUGACAGGGGAUGUGCUGCAUUCUUUUGAGCACAAGCAUAUUGUUCGAGCAUGUGCUUUCUCAGAGGACACAAAACUGUUGAUCACAGGAGGAUUUGAGAAGAUUCUCCGUGUUUUUGACUUGAAUCGGUUGGAUGCACCUCCCACUGAAUUCGACAAGUCUCCUGGUUCUAUCCGAACUCUCACAUGGCUUCACAGUGAUCAAACUAUAUUAAGUUCUUGCACUGAUAUUGGUGGUGUAAGGUUAUGGGAUGUUAGGAGUGGGAAGAUUGUUCAGACAUUAGAGACCAAGUCUUCUGUCACCAGUGCUGAAGUGAGCCAAGAUGGACGCUACAUUACAACUGCUGAUGGGUCAACUGUUAAAUUCUGGGACGCGAACCACUUUGGACUGGUGAAGAGUUAUGACAUGCCAUGCAACAUUGAGUCUGCGUCUUUGGAGCCAAAGUCUGGUGAAAAGUUUGUUGCUGGUGGAGAGGAUAUGUGGGUCCGAGUCUUUGAUUUCUACACUGGCGAAGAGAUUGGAUGCAACAAGGGACACCAUGGUCCUGUGCACUGCGUGAGGUUUUCACCCACGGGUGAGUCAUAUGCCUCGGGAUCUGAAGACGGGACCAUCAGGAUCUGGCAAACGACACCAAACCAUGAAGAGAACGAGUCGAUCUCGAGGAGAGUGAAGCAUGGUGUGGAUGAAGUUGCUAAGAAGAUUGAAGGCUUUCACAUCAACAAGGAAGGGAAAACAGCAGAGAAACCAUCUGAUGGUUAG